CGCGCUCAGACUCCGGCUACCGGAGCGUAAACAAGGCGCUGGAAGGGAUGAGGGGGCGGUCGGAGUCCAGCGAGGCCCGGAGCCGCUGAGGCUGAGUCCGCGCUCCCAGCUCCCCGCCGGCCGGGGUCCCGCCGCUCGGGGAGGCGCCAUGAACCUGGCCAGUCAGAGCGGGGAGGCCGGCUCCGGCCAGCUGCUCUUCGCCAACUUCAACCAGGACAACACGUCCCUAGCUGUUGGCAGUAAGUCAGGUUACAAAUUCUUCUCCCUUUCAUCUGUGGACAAACUGGAACAGAUCUAUGAAUGCACCGACACAGAAGAUGUGUGCAUCGUGGAGAGGCUGUUCUCCAGUAGCUUGGUGGCCAUAGUUAGCCUUAAAGCCCCACGCAAGCUGAAAGUCUGCCACUUUAAGAAGGGGACUGAGAUUUGCAACUACAGUUAUUCCAAUACAAUCCUGGCUGUCAAACUAAAUAGACAGAGGCUGAUAGUAUGCCUAGAAGAGUCUCUGUACAUACAUAACAUACGAGACAUGAAGGUGCUGCAUACAAUCAGGGAGACGCCCCCCAACCCUGCUGGCUUGUGCGCCUUGUCAAUAAACAAUGACAAUUGCUAUCUGGCCUACCCAGGAAGUGCAGCUAUCGGAGAGGUGCAAGUCUUUGACACCAUCAAUCUGAGAGCUGCUAAUAUGAUCCCAGCUCAUGAUAGUCCCUUGGCUGCAUUGGCCUUUGAUGCAAAUGGCACUAAACUUGCCACAGCAUCAGAAAAGGGGACAGUGAUCCGAGUAUUUUCCAUUCCAGAGGGACAGAAACUCUUUGAAUUCCGAAGGGGAGUGAAGAGGUGUGUAAGCAUCUGCUCAUUGGCCUUCAGUAUGGAUGGCAUGUUCCUCUCUGCAUCCAGUAACACAGAAACAGUGCACAUCUUCAAACUCGAGACUGUGAAAGAAAAACCUCAGGAAGAGCCUACUACCUGGACAGGUUACUUUGGAAAAGUGCUGCUGGCCUCCACAAGCUAUCUGCCCUCUCAAGUCACAGAAAUGUUUAACCAGGGCAGAGCCUUUGCUACAGUCCGUCUGCCAUUCUGUGGACACAAAAACAUCUGUGCUCUUGCCACAAUCCAGAAGAUUCCCCGUUUACUGGUGGGAGCUUCUGAUGGGUAUCUCUAUAUGUACAACCUGGACCCCCAGGAAGGAGGAGAGUGCACGCUAAUGAAGCAGCACAAGCUAGAUGGCAGUAUGGAGCCAGCCAAUGAAAUUUUAGAGUCUGCGUCACAUGACCGGCCACUAGUAGCACAAACAUAUAGUGCUGCUGUGACAAAAGGUACUUAUGUGCCUUCAUCACCCACAAGACAUGCCUAUACAGAGGAUCUGGGUGCAGUGGGUGGAGCUUGCCUGGAAGAUGAAACCAAUGCACUGCGAUUGGAUGAAGACAGUGAGCAUCCUCCCAUGAUUCUUCGGACUGACUGAACUUUGACCUGUGAACUCACUCCUGAAGCAGAGAACACUGGCCUGAUGUUUCUUGAGGAGUCUCGUGUUAUGCUGCUAUAAACUUUGGCAUGAAUUGGGAGAGAGGAUGACAGACUCCAAAAACAGUUUUAAACGUAGCUGUAGUCCUAAUUCUAUACCAUUGGGAAAAUAUAUGGUUUCAAUUCAGUGGCUUUUAAUCUUGCUUAUCUAUUUUAGCUGUGUGUGGUUUUGCUUUUUUGUUUUUGUUGCCAAAAUCUGCUGUUCGUGCAGUCCUCAGAACCUACUAGCUUUGCAUGCAUUCAUGUGCCAAGCAAGCAUAGGAGAGAGAAGCCACUUGAUGAUAAACUAAAGUUUGUAUUUUUUUAUAUAUGUAUAUAAUACUUAGCAUAUAUAAGGAAGGAGUGGAAAAGUGGUUCUGGAUGCUGAGGCUGGUUCUGCACUGACAAAGGUCCAAAUGGUUUCCUGUGCAUUGGCUUGCAGGCGUGCCUCAUGACUGACAUGCAACCUUUAAGAUGCAAUAUCCUGUUUCUUAGGUUCCCCCUCCCCUUCCCUGAACCAUUUGGUUAAUUAAAAUUCCUUCUGAAUGUUGCUUAUUUGUGGGAGUGUUCUAUUUGUUGGGAUGGAAGGCCUGUUUCCUGACUGGAAUUUCUUCUGUCCCCAAGAAUACUUAAUCUAGAAAGUGCCUGUACAGGAACAUAUCUUUGGGGAAGGAAAGCUAGGAAGGGCUAGACAUUUACUGUUGUUUGCUGUGUGUUCAUCUAUCCUUGCUAUUUGGAGCUGUCUGUCUUCAAGCCAAGUUAGCCAAUAUGCUGACUUAGAAGAGGUGUUUCAGGUUAAUAACUUGGAAAGCACUUUCUUCCUCCCUCCCUCCCUCCCUCUGUUAGAUCAGUUAUGUCCCUGUCAGAGCAGCAAUAAUUUCUCAUUUUAUACCUGGUUUAAUCCCUCAGAGCAAGGCCAGCAUCCUUCCUGCCAAGGACUGGAUGGAGAUCACUUCAGAGUCCGUCAGCCCAACUUCUUAAAUGGCCUUAAGGUUUUGCAUUGGAAAGAUACAAUGCUCCUUUUCCUUGUCUCCAUCCAAUUUGGAUCUGAGCAUGCUGCCUCAGUAAUGAAGGUUCAGGAAUUACGGAAUGCUGAUGUAAAUAUAAAUGACUAUCCACUUGAGUUCCAGCUUUUGAGAGUUAUUAAUCUUCUCUCAAGGGUUCCUUGGAUAACUAAACUACAUUGUGUGUUGCCUCCAUUUUCACCGGCUUGAGGAGCACUUCUGAUGCACUUGAAAGGGAUGGUUGUCCAUUAGGCAGCUCUGGAAUGACAGUUCUUGAACUGCUGUGACCCUGGCUAGGAGUGAACAAAGUUGGGCAAUGCGGCCAUCUAUUUAUAAUGUGCCUUUUGCUAAAUCUUGGAUAUAUUAGGUGAACAAAAUGAUUACUACAGCCUUUGGGUGUGAGUGUUGCUUUCCUUAGACUGUAAGCCUCCUGUACCUUUCAGAUAGUGAAACUGAUUACCCAUCUCUCACUCUGGCACCUCUUUAAAACAAACAAAAAACCCCAAACAGAUUGGAACAAAAGGGAAAGUCAUAAGUCUUGAGAGAAAACAGAACCAGGAUUUCCUGGAGCGCUUUCACAAAUUUAACUUUCCUACCAAUCACACACAACUAUGAUGUUGUUUAGAUUUAGGAUUUGCUACUAUGCAUGUUGCUGAAUAGGGGCCGGCAGUGGCAGUUAGUCCCAAGAGCUCAGCGCAGGUAGCUGGGCUUCUGUUUCCUUAAAGGGAGCAGAGGAUGGUUGUAGGCCCUGUCAAAGAGUCGUAUCAUGUACAUACUUAUCUGUAGUCAUGCUGUCAUUAUAAAAAUGAACCACUGUUGGUCAAAUCAAUUUCCUGGAAGAGAAUCUUCACCGUUCUCUCCCAAACCCCAGAUCCUUCUCAUGGGGGUGGGGAGGUGUCAGAUUUGCCUUUACUCACUUUCUGAGCCCUCCACUGUUCUGGAUACGUUGAAUGUAGCAAGUAGUUUGGGCCUCUUCAGUGAUCUCCUCUGAGUGUAUUAUGUUCUGAAACAUGUUGAAAACUAGCCCCAUAAAUAGAAUUUGUUACCAUUUGUGAACCGCUGUGGAACUUAUAACUUCAGUGAGGCCUGAAAUGCAAGUCUUACAACGAAUACAAGCUCAGCAGGUUUUGUUGGUAGCCGUAUAACUACCAAGAGACUUCAAAUGUGGUUCUGGUCACGUCCGUUUUGAUAACCCAUUCGGAGGUUUGGCAUAAAUUCUAAGCUCCAUCAGAAGGGCUUGUAACAAACAGUCAUGAGCACCACUGAUGUAACAUAGGUCUGGUAAAGGUACAAGCUUUACAACUUUUGAAUUCUAACAGCACCAAAAAAUACUUUUCCUUCAUUUCAAUGUAAAUGAAGGGAAUUUCCUGACACUGUUGCCCUUUUAAAAAAAGGUUAGUGCUAGUGUACAACACUCACAAAAUACUACAUACCUGUCAGGACAUUCAUAGUUUAAGGUUCCAGCACCAACCUUAGCUCUGCCUCUCUGCUCAUCAUCUACCUGUAAGCUUGAGACCCCCCCACACACUAGCUAUAUUUCCCAUAAAUGCCAUAGACUACCAUCUCCACCCAUAUUCUAGAUACAGACAAGUGAAUUGCCCACAAGUGAAUUGCCCACAAGAGACUCAAGACUCAUCCACUUCACCCUUCUGCACCAGGCUGAAGGCGAUAACUUCUAGUCAAGACCUUCCUGUGCAGUCCAGAGAUUAUCCUUGCUCAGCCAGCAUAUCCCUAUGGGCUGGAGAGCCCAACCUACCUACCUCACCAUCGCUGCUGUACCUAUCUGUCCAAUGGAGGUCAAAGAAGCCACUUUCAAAAGAUCUGUCUUUAUCCAAACCACUCCACACACCAGCUGGUCACAGAUCCUAGAAUAUGUAAUACCCUUGAUCUUGGGGAUGAUUUACACCUGCUUCUGUCCCCAUGGGAAGGAGCUGGCUUGCAUGUAGGCCCUGCUUGGCAACCUCCUUUCUGUCGGGUAAGAUGUGGCUGCCAUAUCUCUCACCAGGGCCCUAUCUCUUAGGUCUGUCACCAGUUGUGAUGUAAACAAUUCAGGGGUUGAGAAACACUCAUUGCAUCUCCUCUUCUCUUCCCCCUUCAGCCUGAAUCUUAAACAUUGCAUCAGCAGAAGUGGGCACCUGGCCAUUGGGAACUGGCUGCUGACAGAUGUAGGAGUUCUCUUCAGCAUAGGUCUUAAUCCCAGGUAUACAAGGACCUGCCUUAUGGUGACAACCCACUCUUCCAUCAUGUGUCAUAGAAUCACAGAAUAUCAGGGCUGGAAGGGACCUCAGGAGGUCAUCUAAUCCCGCCCCCUGCUCAAAGCUGGACCAAUCCCCGUGUCUCAUAUGACUAAGGAGUGUACUAUUGGAAGUCCUGUGCUCCACACUGUAGGUGGUGUUAAAACCUUUAACUGUGAAUUUCCUGAGUGCCUACUGUGCGUGUGUGUGUGUAGGGUUCAUACUCUAUUAACGCUCUAGCGGCCAAUAUAUUCUCAGCCAUAACUCCACCUACAUUUUUUUUAAAUACUGCAUUUAUCGGAGGCUUAUUUUUAACAAUAAAGCUUUUUGAGGAAAGUGUCAGUAUGUCAUUAAAUGUGUAACCAAAGAUGGCCUGCUGCAGGGGGAGGGGGAGAAAUGUGUGUAGACUUGGAAUUCUAAACUCAGGUGUUGCUAGUUUCUAGUGUUACUAGUUCCCACUGAGUAGCAUAGAUAGAGGAGGGGCUGCAUUUCAGAUCCGUUCUGUUAAUGUGCACAUAGCUAGCAAGUGUGCUUGUUCUGUGGCUGCUUUGAGAUGGGUCAGUUCUUGUAAUUUUUCUCUUGCUUUAGUUUUUCUUGAGUUAUGAACCAGGAGAUGUUGCCUGCUUUGGACUCGGCCUACAGCAUUGUUCCCGCAGUGUAACAGUAGGUCAAUCGAGCAGUUAAAAAGGAACUGGGCACGGCAGAGAGGAGAAAAGAGCAUUUAGAAUCAAGUGAGGAAGUGGCAGAAGGUUCCUAAAAGCUGCUGCUUUUUUCCUAAAGUCCCAAGUCAGCCAGGUACUGAAGGCCAUGAGUCCCAAUGAAAUCAGUUCGGCUCAGACUUAAGCACCUUGUGGAAUUGGGGCUUAGCUGAGGGAUUUCUUAGGACUAAUACCCCUAGGGCUAAAUUUCCCUAAAGGAACAGGGAAAAGCUAUAGCUUUUUCUGUUUAACUCCCUCAGAUUGCAAAUAAACAUCUGAAGCUGUUUCCUUAAGUAUAACAGGAGUGUCCAGCUGAAGGGAAGUUGUUUACAGCUAAUAAUUAAAAAAAGGGAGACCAGUUGGAGAUCUACCACCACUUAAUAAUUCAGCCGGAGACCUUGGACUGUGAAUCUGAUCAGCAGAACUUUUUUCUACUGGGAAUUUCACACUCUGCUUCCUUGGCUCUAAUAAUGGCAUCUGCCCAAAAGAUAACGUGUACUAAGGUUUUGGAAUUUCUUUCCUGGAGGGUCACCUCAGCUACUCAGCAUAUUUUUCUCUUAUAUGCAGACCAGUUGCUGCUGUCUGAGGGAAUAAUCAUGUUCUCCCACUCCCCAAAGCAAUGUUUAUGGUCCUACUCACUGUACUGCCACACCUCAAAAACCCUGCCCUGCUUUGAAAGUUUUACCCCUUAUGAUUAAAACCCAGCUGUAAGGAGUGCAGUAAAGUUUUGAUUUAACCUAUUAGCACUUGAGGUCAAGGCUUAAGUGUCUUCUCUGUGCAAGCAUAAUUCUUCAUGUUUCUGGGAGUUACGCCAUAUGUUGAAAGGAAAUUAGACCCUUAAAAUGCUAAUGCGGCUCAGAAAAGUGCUCACAAGCAAGAGAGUCUGGCUCCUGGUGUGUGAAUAACUCACUUCAAAUUGCAAUUUCACAGUUGAAGGCACUUAGCAAAUUUUCAUUUGUGCAUCUUUAAUACUUAACUGGCACAAUCCAUCUCCGUAAAGUAGCGGACAACAGGUCUUCACUCUGUCUUGCAAGUAGCUACUUUUCCAUGUGCAUUGUGGGUGUCUUGGCUCUAUACUUUUGAUCACAUGGCUACGGUAACUGCACAUUAGUCCUCACUUUCUUUGUACAGAAUUUGAUUAAUUUGUAAGUGGAUGGGGAAUUUCUUAGUAACUCGUGUGAGGAGUCAAAUCCCAAUCCCCAACUCCUGUAUUUAGUGGAGUCAGAGUCUUUCUCAACCCGGUCGACCCAGUCAAAUCUUUUCCCUUUCAGUUUUACUUCCUUACCUGGAGGAAGCUGCAUCCUGCAGUGCUAAUAUGCUUCUGCUCAAUGUCUGUAUAAAUAAAUGGAAAAAUCUGUUCACAAAUAACAUUCCACACUACCAAGUGUCCAGCUCUUAUUGCUAGCCCAUUGCUGUUCAAAUUUUAUAAUUGCAUAUGAAAUUAAACCUGUGUUGUGAUAUGUA